GUCGCAUUAUUUUAAGCCUGAAUUGUUUUGAGCCCCUUUCCUUAGUCGUGAAAUCAACUUUCUGAUAUUCAAUUGUACAUUAAGGAAGUUUCUUUAAAAUCUAAAAAAAAAUUAAAAAACGCCUAAAAUGGUCAAAACUAGACGAUCGAGGAGAUCAAGGAGGAAUGCUAUUGUUGGUUUAGCCAACAUCGAAGAAUAUCAUGAACUUCAAGCCCUAAUACUGAGAAUUAUACGGAUUUUGGAUGCAAUGCCUGAAGCAGGUUGAUGGGAAUCCCUGCUAAGAAACUCUUCGUACUGGAGUUUUAUUAACUAUCUGAAUCGGGUGAAUAAAAUAUUGUUGGUCAAACACCUUGCGUAUUUGUGCAGCUUUUUCGCAUUAUAGAGUACACUUGAAACGACUUUCGAUGUCGCCAUUAGCAGAGUUUUCGCUGUUUGGAAAAUUUUGUGUGCGAGCGGAGUGAAAGAG